CUCUCCCACGACGGGAGGCGGCGGGCGGCGCGCAGGGUGGCCCCGGGGGCGGUGCGGUGCGGCCGCGGUGCGGGCGGUCCCCCCCGCGGGCGCUAGUGACGCGUCCCCAGUGACGUCGUCGGGAGGGUAUAAAAAGUAGGCGCCGCGCGGGACUUAGCAGCAGAGGCAGCCCCGGCGGCGGAGUGGAGAGACGCGCGGCGCGGACCGGACAGAGGGACGCACGCAGCCGGCCCUCGCCUCCUCCCCACGGGUGCUCCGCUACCACCGCAGCAUCGCCCCGCACGCACCACCGGCUUACGCACACCGAGCCGACAUGAUGUACCAGGGCUUCGCAGGAGAGUACGAGGCGCCCUCCUCCCGCUGCAGCAGCGCUUCCCCGGCCGGGGACAGCCUCACCUACUACCCCUCCCCGGCGGACUCCUUCUCCAGCAUGGGCUCGCCCGUCAACCCGCAGGACUUUUGCACCGACCUGGCUGUCUCCAGCGCCAGCUUCGUGCCCACGGUGACGGCCAUCUCCACCAGCCCCGACCUCCAGUGGCUGGUGCAACCCACCCUCAUCUCCUCGGUGGCCCCCUCCCAGAGCCGCGGGCACCCCUACGGCGGCGUCGCGGCGCCCGCCUCCGCCGCCUACUCCCGCCCCGCCGUGCUGAAGGCGCCGGGGGCCCGCGGGCAGAGCAUUGGCCGCAGGGGCAAAGUCGAGCAGCUGUCCCCGGAGGAGGAGGAGAAGAGAAGGAUCCGCCGGGAAAGGAACAAGAUGGCAGCGGCCAAGUGCCGCAACCGGCGGCGGGAACUCACCGACACGCUGCAGGCGGAGACUGACCAGCUGGAGGAGGAGAAGUCUGCGCUGCAGGCAGAGAUCGCUAACCUGCUGAAGGAGAAGGAGAAGCUGGAGUUCAUCCUGGCGGCCCAUCGGCCGGCCUGCAAGAUGCCCGAGGAGCUGCGCUUCUCUGAGGAGCUGGCGGCUGCCACCGCGCUGGACCUGGGCACCCCCAGCCCUGCCGUGGCUGAGGAGGCUGCCUUCACGCUGCCGCUGAUGGCUGAGGCACCGCCAGCCGUGCCGCCCAAGGAGACCGCCGGCGGCGGGCUGGAGCUCAAGGCUGAGCCCUUCGACGAGCUGCUUUUCUCCACGGGGCCGCGGGAGGCCUCCCGCUCUGUGCCCGACAUGGACCUGCCUGGGGCCUCCUCCUUCUAUGCGUCGGACUGGGAGUCGCUGGGCGCCGGGACCAGCAGUGAGCUGGAGCCCCUCUGCACUCCUGUGGUGACCUGCACCCCAUGCCCCAGCACCUACACUUCCACCUUUGUCUUCACCUACCCUGAGGCGGACGCCUUCCCCAGCUGCGCUGCCGCGCACCGGAAGGGCAGCAGCAGCAAUGAGCCCUCGUCCGACUCCCUCAGCUCCCCCACCCUCCUGGCCUUGUGAGGGGCUCCAGCAUUGACUGACCUGCCGGGCCCCCUCCCCUGCCCGUGCACCCCCACGGACUUGCCGCUGCGCCCCAUGGGGCUCCCCGGGCCUGGGGAGGGCCCUGCCACCGCCACCCUGCCCUGUCUGGCCUGGUGCCCUGGGGCCUGGCAAAGCGCCCUGCACUGAGGCCUCGUACCUCUUCCAGAGAUGUAGCAAAUCGCAUGGAGUUUGUCUCGUCCCCAAUGGCCCAUCCAUGAGAGCUGGUAGUCUGUAGCAUGUCCCACAUGGCUGGGUAGGUGACUCCCUCCCCUCCUUAGUAUCACUAGCAUUAACUAAUUAAUCUCUUGGUUUUAAAUGAUUGGAAUUUAACCUGGUGCUGGGUAUCUCCAACUCGUAUCUAGUGCAGCUGAUUAACAAUAACUACUGUGUUCCUGGCAAUAUCGUGUUCUGAUGACUUAGCAAUGACCCAUCUUGCGUGGGGGGGAAAGAGACUUUAUUUUAUUUUCUAGUAGGUAGAUAAAUAGCUAUAUCCAUGUACUGUAGUUCUACAUUGAUGUUCAUUGUAACUUUACUGAUCAUGCAUUGUUGAGGUGGUCUGAAUGUUCUUACAUAAGUUUUCCAUGAAAACGUUUUUAUUGUGUUUUUAAUUUAUUUAUUAAGAUGGAUUCUCAAAUAUUUAUAUUUUUAUUUUAUUUUUUUCUACCUUGAGGUCUUUUUUGACAUGUGGAAAGUGAAUUUGGAUGAAACUUAAGCAUUGUUUGCUUAUUAUUGUUCAGAUACAUUGUCAAUAAAAGCAUUUAAGUUGAUUGCUGGA